AUGUCAUCUACCUUCUGGUUACCUGUGAACUUAAAGCAGGAACAAAAGCUGAUACCACUUAGAAACUGGUUCCUAUCUCAAUUCUUUCUGUUUGUUGUAGGUGAAGUGUUGCUGCUUUCAAGUAUGAUUUUCCUGCUCCCGGUGGUGUGCGGCUGCCCAGAGAGAUGCCGCUGCCACUCACCUUCAAAUUCUGUAGACUGCAGCCGGCAGGGUCUGGCUGAAAUCCCUUCCGAUUUGCCUCCUCAGACUCUAACGCUGCACUUACAAGAUAACCAGAUCCACCAGCUUCCGACUUCUGCAUUUAAAUCAGUGCCACAGCUCACAACCUUGAACUUGUACAACAAUUCUCUUUCAAAUCUGACCCCCGGAGUUUUCCAUGGACUUCAGCACUUGAGGGUCUUAAACCUAACUCAGAACUCCCUGCAUUCUCUGGAAAGCCGACUAUUCCAUUCUCUCCCACAGCUGAGGGAACUCGAUUUGUCAUCAAACAAUAUAAGUCACCUUCCUGCAUCCUUAGGUGAGCCUUGGGAGAACCUAACCGUUCUUGCGAUCCAGCAAAACCGGCUUCGGCAGCUCGAUCGAGCCCUCCUAGAAUCCAUGCCCAGAAUGAAGCAUUUAUUUCUCAAAGACAACCUCUGGAAAUGCAACUGUCACUUGCUCAGUCUUAAACUCUGGCUGGAGACAUUUGUCUAUAAAGGGGGAAUAAUGGACAGCAUCAUCUGUGUAUCACCAGACACCUGGAAGGGAAAGGACCUCCUUGAAAUCCCUCACGAGCUGUACCACCCCUGCCCGUUUCCUUCUCUACACCUGCAGUCCUUGCAGGUGCCGCAGCGAGGUGCUGGCCACCAGGCUGUCCCCAGGCUCUCCGAGAGCCACAGCGCAGGGGAGCAAGACCACCGGGAGUGUGAGAUCAAACCUAAGCCGAGGCCGGCCAAUCUGCGCCACGCCAUGGCCACCAUUGUCAUCACAGGGGUGGUGUGUGGGAUCGUGUGUCUCAUGAUGCUGGCGGCCGCCAUCUACGGCUGCACCUAUGCAGCUAUCACAGCCCGGUACCAUGGGGGACGCUUGGCUCAAACCAAUGAGCCCACGAAGACAGAAGGAAAAGAGCUGUUUGACAGCUCACUGGCCUGA